AUGUUACUGCACAGAAAAUAUCUUACAUACUAUUUUUUGGCAAGUCUUUCAUUCAUAUUGGGAUGCACAUUGACAAUGUUCAUUUUGCACACAAUAACAUUUAAACCAAACACUUCACCAAACGGACUUAGACUUAGGUUGCUCGUGCUUGUCAUAUCAGCGGUAAAAAAUCGAAAUCGUCGAGAUGCCAUACGUGAAACAUGGGCUCAACCAAAAGAAGAUGUUAAAAUACUUUUUGUUGUAUCAAAAGACAAAUCUUUAAAUGCAGAAAACCUGGUACACAAUGACAUGUUGGAGGUAGAUGAAGAAGAGGGGUACAGAUUACUCACUCGUAAAGUAAUAGCAUCAUUCGCCAGUGUACGAGAUAUUAACUUUGACUAUUUGUUAAAAUGUGAUGACGACUCUUUUGUAAAUAUGCCAUUAAUUGUCAAUGAACUGGAACAUAUGCCCAAAAAAAGGUUAUAUUGGGGUUAUUUUGAUGGUAAUGCACACAUAAAAAAAAGAGGUAAAUUUAAAGAAACUGAAUGGAUAUUAUGUGAUAGAUAUUUGCCGUAUGCCUUGGGAGGUGGCUAUGUUUUAUCCAAAGAUCUUAUCAUAUAUUUAGUGAAGAAUCAAGAUUACCUAAGUAUGUUUGCUAGUGAAGAUGUUUCUGUUGGCGCUUGGUUAAGUCCAUUAAAUAUAACAAGAAAACAUGACCGGCGAUUUGACACAGAAUGGUAUAGUCGUGGAUGCCGAAAUGAUUAUUUAGUAACACAUAAACGUAGUCCUGAAAUGAUGAGACUGCACUGGUCACACAAUAUUCAGACUGGAAAGAUGUGUGAUAAGGAGUUUAAACAUAUAGCUUCCUACGAGUACGACUGGUCAGUUAUGCCAUCUAAAUGUUGUAUGAGAAACUUAUCUUUAUUUCCAUAA